AUGUCUCCAGGAGACUCCCAAGCAGGACAGCAAGGCAGCAGCCCUCUCCUGCUGCUAUUGCUCCACACAACGGGCAUUCAGUGGCUGUUGCUUCUGAGCAUAGAGGUGUCAGGAGCUUGGCCUACACUCAAGUACCCCCGGGAGUUUUCGAAGCCAACCGAACAGCCAGACACCUCAAGCCAAGCGGCCUUCCCUGCCGACUGCCACUACCAGCCAGUGGACCCCACCAAGAACUACCUCCUUCCACAUCCAGGGCCCCAGUAUGGCAUCAUCAACCCCUUUACUUCUUUGGAUGCCAGUGUUUAUGGGCCUGCAGGACCUAGUACCACCGAGGCAGUGUACGGUUCCAAGAUGGCGUCAGCGGUGGAUUAUGAGACGGCAGUCUCUGAAACGGGGCCUUUGGACCUCUUCCCCGCUCCUGGGGGCGUCUGCCUGCAGCAAGAAAUGAAUAACCCAUGCCUCCUUCCCGAGGAGAAUUUCCCGGCCUCAUCCAUGGAAGUGGAUCCUGGGGAACUGGCCCAAGCUCGGGCGGAGAUCCGGAACACAGAACUGCCUCUUCUGCUACAUCAAGAUGAGGAUGGAGACACGUUUCUGCAUCUAUAUGUGGCCAAAGGACACCGGCCGCUGGCAUAUGCUACCGCUGAGGUAUUCCGGGAGUGUGGCCAGCUUGACGUCAAAGAGCACAGGGGAAAGACUCCGCUGCUAGUGGCGGCUGCAGCAAAUCAGCCUGGGAUCGUGAAGGACCUGAUCAUGCUGGGAGCAGACGUCAACGCUGCAGACCAGAAGGGGCAGACUGUGCUGCACCUUGGCGCCACCUAUGGGCUGCCCAGUGUCAUUGAGGCCGUCAUGGUGACUGGCAUCCCAGUCAAUGUCGAUGCCAGAAAUUUCGAAGGUCUGACCCCCUUGCAUUGCGCUGUCAUAGCUCACAACGCUGCCUUCCAGUCCCAAAGCAUGGAUCCAUUGUCUCAGCAGCAGCUCCAGAACUUCCUGCUCUGUAUUCGCUUGCUCCUCGAACUCGGGGCCAACUACAAGAGCCAGGAACUGAAGAGCAGCAAAACCAUUCUGCAUUUGGCUGUCCAAGCUGCAAACCUGCCUUUGAUCCAGUUCCUUCUCCAGCUUCCUGAAGGAGAACUCCAGAACUUUGUCAAUAUGAAGGCCCACGGGAACACCGCCUUGCACAUGGCCGCUGGUCUGCAUGGACACCCCUUUCAGGAGCAGAUUGUACGCCUCCUGCUGCAUCACUGGGCUGAUCCCAGUGCGCGGAACCUGGAGAACGAACAACCAGUUCACCUGUUGGCACCAGGCCCAGCAACAGAACAGCUACGCCUGUUGCUUAGGAGUCGCCGUUUGGGCCCCGGACCAGCUCAUCUCCCCUCUUUCCCAUGAAGACCUCCUGUCAAGCUACACUCCUCGGCAGAACACCGUCUCUUUUUCAGCCACCCAGGAAGUGAAGGAGUGUCAAUUUGGGGGGCGUUGUUGUUUAUGUUGUUUUAUCUUAUGUGACAAGGAAACUUUGCCUUGUGCUGCCUGUAUUUAACUAACUUAUUGGAUAGGGAGGGUUGUGUGCCUGACUUUCCUUGCUGAUGCCGGCCAAUAGUCUAUCCCCAGUGGUGCCAGAUUAUCUCCC